AUGUUCUUGACUGAGGAUCUCAACACAUUUCAACUUGAGAGUUCCUUCCUUCUUUUCCAGCUUUGGAGUAGUAGCUUCUCACCUGGGGCGGGUGGGUGUCCCACCACCCUCCCGCCCUCUUUCCUCCACGCGUGAGCCAGAGCCGCAUCCAGCACCACGGACAGCUCCCGGGUGGUGAGUGAGCCGGCCGUGCAGGCCCCCUCUGGGAGGCCUACAGCCCAGGCCAUCCUGGGCCUCCUCAGCUCGGGUGACAGAGGCCUUGACCUUCUAGCGUUUCCCAGAAUUUCUUAUUUCUGUGAUGGGCUUUUCCUCUCUCCAACCAGGAGAUUCCAUGAUCCUGCACAUUCCUGUCUUGGGAAGUCCUUGCUAGUGUCUAACCCCGAUCUGUGCCGAAGCACCUGUUCUUCGACCCUUGGCUUGACAUGGCUACUUUGAGAAGUAAGGAACACACUGCCACACGGAUGCAGUCACUUCACUGGGCUGCCUGGACUCCAGCUGUUGGCACCUGGCCAGCUUGGUGAGGUCCC